CGCGCACGUCCGUCUGAAGAGUGGGUAUUAUGGUAUCGGAGAGGGGCAGUGUCUUGCUGGGUCCUGUGGCGUUCGCUCCGCGUGGUGACGUGUCCGCCGUCCCGCCUCGCGCCCGUGCCGAGACGGCGUGCCCUCCCGCGACGGCCGACCUGUGGCGCGCGCCGCUCGCCGCCGCCAGGAUGCACGUCGACACGAAGCCGGUGGUGAACCCGUUCAUGGAGGCCGGCCACGGCCCGGUCGGCCUCAUGUUCGGGCCGAGCAUGAGCGCCGCCGAGGCCAGCAUGCAGAACCAGUACCAGAACGGCUACGGCAUGGGCGUGCCGGUGAGUCACCACGGCAUGCACGGCCACAUGGGCUCGUACGCAGCGCGCGACUUCUUCCUGCGCCGCGACCACAUGGCCGGCUCGCUGGGCGCGCUGGGCGGCCACGACCUGCCGCAGCAGCACCACAGCGUGUUCGCCUCUUCCGGGCUCGGCCACCACGAGCCGUCCAUGGUGCUGCCCGGCCUGCACGACCAGCAGCACGCGCACAUGAACAGCCAGAUGCGACUGGGCUCCAUGUACGGCGCCGAACAGUUCCAGCAGCUGUCGGGCAACCAGUUCCACCACCAGAUGAACUGGAACAUGGGCGCCAUGGGCGCGCCGCACGGCUGCUACCGAUACUUGCGUCAGCCGCUCAAGCAGGAGAUGACCUGCAAGUGGAUCGACCCCCACCCGCCCAAGAAAGUGUGCAACAAAACGUUUCACAGCCUGCACGAGAUUGUGAACCACCUGACAGUGGACCACGUGGGCGGUCCCGAGUGCACGAACCACGCCUGCUGCUGGCAGAGCUGUGCACGCAACGGACACCUGCUGUCGCACGACUGCAAGCUUAUCCCGCCCUAA